AUGCUGUCGUGUUCUUCUUCUUCCCUUCUCAUCGUAAAUCCUCCGCCGAGAGCUUCCCGCCACGUAAUCCGUCGAAGCCUGAGAAUGUCACUUAACAAUGACAACACCAAUCCAAAGUUCACGCCUAUAUCGUUGCUCAAUUCAGUCACAAAAUUGCUAUGGGGUCAGUCUCUUCCGCCGGGGCUUCUGGUCACCACCGUGCGCACGGCCUGGAACUCCGCGUGGGGUCUCAUGAUGUUGCAGCUCGCUCCCUCAGACUCCUCGGGCGGGUAUUCGAGGCCCGCUUCCAAAUUCCGAUUCGCGGGCUCUCCUUCUCCUGGCAGCCUCCACCUGUAUGUGGGCCUAGCGUGCCCGUGGGCCCACCGGACUCUCAUAGUGCGCGCGCUGAAGGGGUUGGAAGAGGCCGUGCCCGUGUCGGUUGCGUCGCCGGGAAUGGACGGGUCGUGGGAGUUCAAACGGGUGGAUGGGGCGAAUUCGGGUUCGAUCGGGGCGAGUUUGGAUAAGGCAAACGGAUGCAAAACGUUGAAGGAAGUUUAUGGGCUUCGGAGGGGUGGGUAUGAUGGGAGAUCGACGGUGCCAAUGUUGUGGGAUACGGGUUCGAAGGACGUUGUCUGCAACGAGAGCUACGAUAUUAUUCACUUGUUCAACUCCGGCUUGAAUAGCGUGGCUCGGAACCCCGAGGUGGAUCUCUCGCCCCCUCAAUUGAAGGACCAGAUUGAGGAAUGGUAUCGAAUCAUAUAUCCGAAUGUCAAUAACGGGGUUUAUAGGUGUGGGUUUGCGCAGAGCCAAGAAGCUUAUGAUAAAUCGGUGAAUGAGUUGUUUUGUGCACUGGACAAGUUGGAGGAACACUUGGGUAAUUCCCGUUACUUGUGUGGAGAUGAGUUGACCCUUGUGGAUAUAUGUUUGUUUACCACUCUGGUUCGGUUUGAUCUUGCCUAUAAUGUUUUGUUUAAAUGCACCAAGAAGAAACUGUGUGAGUAUACCAAUCUACAUGCCUACAUGCGUGACAUCUAUCAGAUUCCGAAGGUGGCAGCUACUUGCAAUUUUACAGAAAUAAUGGAUGGUUACUACAAAAUCCUUUUUCCUCUUAAUCCAGGAGGCAUUAGACCGGUCAUGCCUUCUACUUCGGAACACCAAAUCCUUUGCAGGCCUCAUGGAAGGGAAUCACUGUCAUCAGCUACACCGGUGUUUGUAAAGUAG